CGCCUCGUGCCCGCAGUUCUCCUGCUUCUCCUCCAGCCGGAGCGCGUGCAGCAGCUGGUACUGUACUGUACAUCCGCGUGUCCUCCCACUAGGCAGCGCACACUGAGCGCGAGAGGCUGAGAGGCGGCUGCUGCUGCUGCUGCACGAGACCACUGCAGCACACAAGACAGCGCGAGCCUCAAUACGCAUUUUUAAAAAAAAUAACGGUCAGAAAAUAAAAAGAAAAGAGAAGAAGAAACGGAGCAAAACGAACAGCCGAACAGCAAACGAUCGUCCUCCGGGUGAAGAUAGUGUGGUGGCCCGCAGUCCUCCAUCUUUCUCCUCUCUCCUCUCUCCUCUGUCUGUGUCUCUGUGAUGCCGGGCUGUGGGUGAGUGUAUGCCCGCGACCAGACUGAAGCUGGGGAAGCUAAAGGUGGUGCGGCGGCAGCUGCUGCAAAGGUAUGAACACCAGCCGUUUGUCUCCUGCCUGGCCGGCCUCUAUGGUUGCCAAUGGAGACGAUACCAAAGAGCCCGGGCGCAGCCUGGAGAGUGCUGCUGCAGCAAGGUGGAGUGUGGCAGCUUUGGCCUCCUGAUCCUCACCUUCUUCCUGAGUUUUGUAUUCCUCUAUUUUUGGAGUGAAGCUCAGAACGACUACCACGACUUUGACUGGUUUAACUUUGGGACUCUGGGUUUCUGGUUCCCCUGGUCUCUGGUCCUGCUGGUUGUGGCAGCUGCUCUCUUCACGUACAUCGCCCUACUGCUGGUGCUGGCAGUGUGUCUGCUGUCUGAGGGGCAGAGGCUGUACCUUCACUGGAGCCACAAGACCGGCAUCGUGGUGACGCUGGCGUUCUCCGUCACAGCCACCGCCAUCCUGUCUGACCUCUGGAGUAAAGAAUGGAAGACUCUCCUCCUCUCCCUGCAGGUGACGGCGCCCUUCCUCCACGUGGCUGCAGUCUCACUCAUGGCGAUUCUCUCCUGGCCAAUAGCGUUGCAUUUCUUCCGCAUGAACAAGAAAGCGCGUCAGGUGGCCAUCCUGGGUCUCUACCUGUCCAUGCUGUUCAGUCUCUACCUGGUCCCUCUGGGAAUGUACUCGCCCUGCAUUAAAGAGGCGGGAACGCUGGGACCUGCGCCGACGCUCAUCGGACACAGAGGAGCACCGAUGCUCGCUCCAGAGAAUACUGUGAUGUCGUUUGAGAAAGCAGUGGAAGCUGGAGGAGAAGGACUGGAGACUGAUGUCACCAUCAGUUAUGAUGGAGUUCCCUUCCUGAUGCAUGACUCCACUCUGAGGAGAACCACUAACGUCGCCGAGGUUUUCCCGAACCGAACGAACCUCGACGCCUCCAUGUUCACCUGGGCCGAGCUACAGCAGCUUAAUGCUGGAGACUGGUUCUUAAUGAGGGAUCCGUUCGGUACUGUGUCGUCCCUGUCUGAGGCGGACCGCUCCCAUGCCCAGAACCAGUCUGUUCCCUCGCUGGCCCAGUUCCUGGAGGUAGCCGCUCGUAGUGGCAGACUAGUGCUGUUUGACCUGCACAGGCCACCGUACGGACAUCCCUACAGUCAGUCGUACAUCAACACCACUCUGCAGGUGGUGCAGGCACACAUCAACUCAUCUCAGGUGCUGUGGCUGCCGUCUGAGGACAGAGACUUAGUCCAGGCUCUGGACCCGGAGCUGCAGCAGACCUCUGGAGAAAAGGCUUCUAUUCAGGAACUGACAGACAACCACAUCUCCAGACUGAACCUGCACUACAGCUCCAUGUCACAACAACAGAUCAGUAAGUACCAGUCAGUGAACAUCAGCACUAACCUGUAUGUGAUCAGCCAGCCGUGGCUCUACACUCUGGCCUGGUGCGCCGGAGCUCAGUCUGUAACCACCAACUCCAUCCACAUCCUGUCCAACAUCAACAAGCCGCUCUUCCUCAUGACUCCAGAGGAAUAUAGUCUGAUGUGGAUCCUGACUGAUGCCGUAUCUGCCUUCCUCAUCAUCGCCAUUUUCAUUUUCCAUUGGUGGAGAGAGAGAGGUCUGCCCUUCUGGUCUGGCAGCCGUCAGACUCACGAGAACGGACCGUACAGCAAGUUCAGGACGGAGCUGAGCGAUGUGUGGUCUGUCUCCAGCGUCAAUGUCCGGCCAGACCUACGGAGCACGCCCAGUUCACCCAGUGCCCCUCACCUGCCCACCAUCACAGAGGAGUGACCGGCGGAGGAGGAGGAGGAGGAGGAGGAGGAGGAAGGAGGGGGGAGAGGGAUAGAGAGACAGAGAGGCAGGAAAGAAAGGUACAGAUAAUAAGAGAUGGAAAAUAAAAGCCCAAAUCUGUCAAAUCUCAAGUGUUUCUCUAAACGUUCAUUAUGAAAUAAGCAACAAGAAGAAACACGCUUUGUUAUUAUUUAUUAAAAGAGUAUUAAACUAAAAAAAAAAAAAAAACAGUAAGAGAAGCAGAACUCUUUCAUAUCAAAGAAGCAAAACUUUUCUAUCUCUUGCAGAAAAUAGAGGGAGGCAGAUUUUUACAAAUGUUUAAAAUUCAGAUCAGAUUAAUGUGAAAGGGACCAAGAACAGAGCAGAAAGAAACAGAGACUUCCUCUCCCCCCGUCAUCCUCUCCGUCUGCGACCGCCCGCAGACGACUGAACCAAACUACACUGAGCUGCCAACAGGGGCGGAGAGCAGAGAGACACUCCGGACAGGGAGCGCCGCCGCCGCCGUCGCCGUCGCCUCCGCCGCCACCACCCAGUGUCCCAUUACCACACAGUAUAAUCUCAUCGAUACCAUUAACAUGUGGCGGGUGAGUGAGGACACAUUUUAACGCUCCGAGUAGAGAAGCGGCGCCUGCGAGGCUGACUGACACGCUUGAGAACAUUUUUUUUUCUUCCUCUUUCUGUUUGUCAUUCGAUACCACCAGCUGAGCUCAACAACGCAAGAAAUCAAAGAUACUAAACCUCACAAAAAGAAAAGAAGAAAAAACAGUGAUUAUAUAUAUAUAAUAUAGUAUAAUAUAUAUAUAUAUAUAUACUGCUGUAGUAAUAACAUGAGUCGCUUUCACUCUUUACGUCUCGUGUUUCAAGUUGAUCAAAAACCAAACGUUUUUUUUUUCGGAGGCGAAGCUCUGAGUGACUGAAAGCUGACGGAGAUGAAACGUGGACUCUGUGUGAUCUUUUACUUUCUUCAUCUUCAGCUGUACAGACAUCAGGUGCAUCAGACCGAAACCUUCAACCAUGUCUUAAAAAGUUUUAUUCUGUGCGUGUCUGCUGUGAGUCGUCGGUUUGCAGUGUUUGCAAAGCCCUGAACUUUACACGUGUUGGGACUGACAGAAUGAAUGUAAACAUGAGGCUUCAGAAGGUUUUAGUUAGUUAGUUAUUUAUGUUUUGUUAUUAAAGUGAAUGUAUUAUCAAGCGAGGCCACAUUUCACUAAGCAUAAAAGUAUGAGAAACGUUUUUUUUUUUGGGCUGGAAGUCAUUUCAGUUUGGCUACAGGUUUGUGCCAAAUGUAUUAGCUGCUCUAAAUAAAUCUAAAAAAAAAAAA